UGAGUAGAGGUGAAGUGCAAUAUAAGCAAAUCCACAACCUGAAGCCCAUUUAGACCUCUUCAACAGUUCAUUUUCCCCUCAUUGCUCUCUCACUCUCCCACUUUCCCAUAAAUUCCUAACUAAUCUAAACUACACAAAAAUAAAAGUAGAGGAGAAAAACAAAAAAAAAAAACAAAAAACAAAAAAAUAAUUAUUUAAAAAAAAAAUGACUUCCGUCGGUGGCGGAACAGUCGCCGGCGACGGCACCUCCUCUACUUCCUCCGCCAUAUCGCGAUGGACUUACACCUUAUCACAGCGUUAUCAACACUUUCUAGAUAAAUCUACACCGCAAGUUCUCCACCGUUGGAUCUUCUUCGCUGUGAUCGCGCUCAUUUAUUCUAUACGUGUUUUCAUGGUUCAAGGAUUUUACAUCAUUACGUAUGCUUUAGGAAUCUAUAUUAUUCAGCUCCUUAUUGCUUUCCUUUCACCGCAAGUUGAUCCGGAAGUUGACGGUCCUACCCUUCCUACUCGUGGUUCUGAUGAGUUUCGUCCGUUUGUUCGGCGUCUUCCUGAGUUUAAAUUCUGGUACUCACUAACAAAAGCAGUCUGCAUUGCUUUUGUGUUGACAUUCUUCAGUGCCUUUGAUGUGCCAGUAUUUUGGCCAAUUUUGUUAUUCUAUUGGUUGGUACUGUUCAUCUCAACAAUGAAGAGGCAAAUAAUGCACAUGGUCAAAUAUAAAUAUGUUCCCUUCACAUUUGGCAAGCAGCGUUAUGGGAAGAAAGCGCCCUCAACUGAUGAGAGAAGUGCUUCCAAACCUUGAGGUUCAAAGCAGAUUGAGCGUUUUGUGAUUGGGAAUGAAUUUGUUUUAGCUACAAAUUCACCUGGAUGGCUGUAUUUUUCACUAAAUAGGUUUCUGAGCUUGGGUUAUGUCAUUGAAUAUAUGAUUAUCAAUGAAUUCUUAGAUUAUAAAACUGAGUUCUCCUAGCA